AUGGAGCCGGGCUUGUGGAGAUCAGAUGACCACUCUGCCCAUGACGGUUCGCGCAGGAGUCACGACUUCAACCCUUUGGUGUCGGGGACUGAGCUGUGGGAGGAGCUUAACGCAGCGGGGGAUAUUAGGCCAACCAAGGCGCCUCGUGGUCUCCAAGGUAAAGCGAGAAACAAGGCGCGCGGCUUCAGAGGGCGCCAGUCCAAGGCUCAAACAUCAUGCGCAGACGAGGAUCUCUCAGAUGCGUCAAAAAUCCAAAGGAUCAUUCAUACCUAG